CUUGGCAUUUCUUGGACGCCGUCCCCACCAGCAUGGCGGCGCACCCUGUCUUCUUGACGCAAGCUCUGCUGGACGCAGGCAAGAUACCUCAUGGAAGUCAAGUGCGAUGGAUUGGCUUAGUUCGCGACGUUGGGCAGCCGCAAUUGAUGGUGGACCCGACGGACGACUCGGCGUACAUUGAGACAACUCCCCAUCGCUGCGAGGUGAUUCCGGGACGAGCACCGUGGUUGCAAGAAAAGCAAGCCGCCCUGCAAUCCAAAUUUCCGUCAGGUAUACAACGAGCGGGAAGAAGUACGGGAUCAAGCGUUCUUGGCAAGACGAAGAGAAGUACGUCGGACGACGACGAUGACGAGGCCGCCUGCUCGAAGAGCGAUCGACAUCGCCCUUCCGCCAUUGACAAGAAAGACGAAAGCACCAUCUCCAUUACUCGUCCAUCAUUUCAAGUCAUCGUGCGUGCGUAUCAAGGCAUCCAAUACAAAGUGAACCACGUGUACGAAUUUGUGGGCGAGUUGGAUCUAACUCCCCAAGCCCUCGACGACUUGGACAUGGAAUGGCAAGGUGAAGAUGCAACGAGCUCCAGGAACACUGCCAAGCUCUUGGAGUUCAUUCCUACGUUGCAUGCAAAAGAUGCCACGGAACGUGAUUAUGCUUGCGACGUUUUGAACCAUGUUGGCACGUAUGAAUCGUAUCCAGGAAAAGAGAGCAACGGUCGGCGGAUCGAAUGGUGCCUGGAGCAGUGGAAACACUUGGGAUAUCCUUGCACGGUUGAAGAAAUCCGUGAGCAGCUCAUUGCGUACCUCGCCUCGUCCCUUCAACAUGACUCCUUGUCGGCUGAGUUUGUUGCCCUUUGUCUGCUGUCGCGCGUGUACCAGCGAUCCCAAGUGGCCACCCCGUUCGGUCACUUUGCAGUGAACUUGGUGUUUCCCAAGGCAACCCCCGAUGCCGUUGGGUCAAGCUGUGGCAAGUUACUCGAGGCAAUUCGUCGCAUCGUUCCGAUGGCCACGUCGUUGAACCUGUCGAUUGAAUCACUCUGCACCACGUCGUUUUGUCCACGAAAGGACUACACGAUCGACUAUUUACACCCGGGUCUGCUGCAACUUCCGGACGGAGCGGCUGUGGUCGUGGACGAAUCCAAGAUGACGACUGGCACACUGAACGACCAAGGCACGCGCAACAUUCACGCGCUCGUGGGAUUGGUUGAAACUCAAACCCUAACGUACGACUUUCAAUUCUACCACACGGUAUUUCACCAGGACGUGAAGUUCAUUUCCAUGUCGACGUCCAAGUCGAUCCUUCCCUCGGCUGUGAAUGUGGUUCGACAGGCAACAACAACGGGAACGGCAUCCACAACUACUCCCCCCGAGGCCCUUUUACAAUGCUUUCGACUGUACAUCGCUGUCUUUCGUACACUGGAUGUCGAAUUGGGCAACGACGGGGCUCAAACUGCCGAGCACUGGUAUGUCGAAGCGCGCAAAGCCGACAAAGCCAUCGGGGCGGACGAUCUACAUCGUUUAGUACGGGUUGCUCGUUUAGUCGCACUUAGUUUGGGCCAAUCGGUUGUCACGUUGGCCGCGUGGCAGCGUGCCCUCGAAUUGGACAAGGCCGCAACGUGAACCAUGAUGAAACUACGUAUGUUACAUUUACUGGUUGCUGCCUGGGAAGGAAUUCCUCAAUUGGAAGCAGGCGACCAUUUUUGAAUGACAAUCACGAGAAAUUCUCGUUCUACACACA